UCUGAAAGAACCUUAAUAAUAACACUACCCUUUCGUAUACCACUUGUCAUUUGCCAGUUAUAAGUUCCCGCGCCACUCUGUUACACUGAUAAAUUUUUACUCAUCGCCGAUCAAAUUAUUUUAGGUCACUCAGUACUAUUUUUCACGACCAAUGUCACGCAAAUCCACACGAUUCCUUUCUUCAACUUGAAGCGAUGCUCUUCUUCCGCCGUAUACUCCGCCGUAGACUCGAGGCUUUGUUGCGGCCGUGGCUACAGCACGAACCGGAGCUUGAACUUGAAUUAGGGAUUAUUAACUCUAAAUUAGCUUUGAGAAACCUCAGGCUUAGUUCAUCUGCUCUUAAUCAGUUACUCGAUGAUGAUGAUAAUAAUAAGCCUUCUCUCUUCAAAUUUAAAGAUGUUAGUAUUGAAGAGCUCAGUCUUAGCUUCUCCAACUGGUCGGUGCCGGCUUUUAAAAUCGAAAUUCGCGGCGUCAAUGUUACUGUAGUCUUAGCGACGGAUGAGAUGGAGAACAGGAGCUCGGUUAGGGCAAAAAAAUCGAGCGAGAAGGUUCGUGAGGAAAAGAAGAAGGCUGUUGCUGCAAUUGAUCCUGAGGGUAGUGCCUUUCAUGAUGUUUUGGAGAGGAUCUUCAAUUCCACUUCGUCAAGAAAUGGUUUCACAACCUCACUGAUGAAUCUUCUUAUUAGACAUUGCCAUUUACAGGUAUUUGAUACCAAAUUGCAAGUUCAGGUCCCGGUCUUACACGAUGAUCUAGUAUGCUUGUUUGAACUAAAGGAGUUUAAUGGUAAAUGUCAGUUUUUUGAGAAUGGGUGCCUUCUUAGAGGAUUUCUCGGUGUAGUUUUUAAUCCUAAAGAAGACAUUGAUAUAGCUAUGAACUUUAGAGGCUUUGGAAUUGGGUAUGAGAUGGAAGAUAAGAAAUCAGUUUUCUGUUCCACAGAUUUGUUUUCACGCAUUAAGUUGAAUAAUCUUCAGCUGGAAGAUUUUACUAUCCGUGUCCCAGAAUUGAGUCUGUUGCUUUCUCCGCUUGAUCUCCUUGUGUUUUCAGUUUUUGGUAAACUACAAACAAAGGAAUCAAAGUAUGUCAGAAAUGGUAGACAACUAUGGAGACUAGCUGCAAACAGAUUAGGAUAUGCGGUUUCAUCUCCCAGACUAUCAAUCCAUAAUCUUGUUGAGUUUGUUUGUAUGUGGAUACGCUAUCUCAAUGCUUAUGAGUAUUUACUGUCCCAUCUUGAAUAUUCUGAAAUCAAUACAUUAAAAAGGCCCACUAUUGAGAGGAUACGAGAAAAAGUGUUUCUCAGUGCUGUUAAAGAAAAUUGGGAGUUGAUAUCUCGUACUGAGAAAGAGCUUCCAGCUGAAGCUAUUGCGCAAGCACGGCGAAUAGCGCGAUUCAAAGCAACAUUUAACGCUCGACACAAUGAAGAGAAUUGUAAAGAAUUCUCCAUCCACAGUCAGUUAAAUGUUUUCUCCAAAAUCCUUUCCCUACUAGCAUUCAUUUGGAUUAUAAUACACAGAGCAUUCCUCUUAAUUACACGUGCUUUCUUGUCAAUAAAGUUUUACAUUCGAGAAAAAAAAUUGGAUGGAAAUUGUGGAACUGUUUCUGAAGAUCACUGUCCUCAAUACUCCUUCCAGCUAAAUUUUGGACAAAUUCUGAUCAAUUUUUCCUCAAGUAACACAGUUCAGAAUGUGACUCAGAAGCUGGAAUCACGUAUUGGUAUCUCACUUUCUGAUGCCUACUCAUUCUGUCUGUCACUUGAUGCGUUUUUACUAGUAUAUGUUGAUGAAAUUUUUGAGCAAUUUUUGUCUAUCUCCUGCGGUAAUUUGAAGGCUAAAUUAUCAUCUGUUUCUGGGGAUACAGUCAUGCAAAGCAGUUCAAAGCAUCAUACUGCAGAAGUAAAUGGAAAAAGGAUGACCAAUAAUUCGGUGACUGUUCUAUGGGGAGAGCCUGCACAAAUAUUUUCUCCUGUGCAAACUAGCCAAACCAAUGCUGCAGGGCCAGCUGAGAGUUCUUGUGGCCCACUUUUGAAAAAAUAUCUUGGAGAAAUGUGGUUAACUUGGAGGAGAGCUUGCGAAAAAUUUGAUAAUAAUGACAUUGAGUUUUCUGAAAAACCAUGGCUCCUUUUUGAGAUUAAAAAUUGUUUAAUUCAUCCAGGCCUGAAGGGUCCAGAUUCAGGGUUUUGCAAAAGCAACUUGACAGUAGGAAAACUAAAUUCAACUAUUGGAUAUUAUUCAAUAAUAGCAAUGGCUGUACUUCUUGGGGAGACACAACAUGUUAUAAAAUUGACGAAGGAUAGUAGAAGGGAAAAUGUAGAUUCACAUCCAACUCAAGCCUCUGAAGAUCAGUUAGAAAUUAGAUUGGAAGGUAAAUAUGAGGGCAGUGUCAGUAGAAUGAAGAUGGCCUUUCUUGGAUUGUUUCCAGAGAAAUGUAUUCAGCUAGGAGUUUUCAUCGCUGGUCCGCAUUUGCAGAUGUCAAUGAGAAAGAUUGGAUCUAAUAGUGGGAAGAAAGAUAAGAAUUAUGUAGUUAGCAAGGAUGAUCUUGACCUCAGAUUUGAUAUCCAGAAUAUUGAGGCUGUUGUUUGGCCAACUUUGAAGUCUGAUCUAGCAUUGACUCAGUUGUUUGAUGAUGAUGAAACAGAGUGCUAUAGGUUGCAUGAACCUCGUUUGAUUGAAAUUCCUAGAUCAGAUAAUGAAAAGUAUGCUUCUCAGAUGUCUGUUAUGCUUAGGUCUUAUUUGAGAGUUGAUGGUUUAAUCAUUUACAUGGGAGAUUCUACAGAAAUACAGCAAAGACAAAUUUUUGUGCUGAAGCCAGUAGCCAUUCAGUCGUCCUUUAUCAGGGAGCGGAUUCAUUCAUUUAGCUCUACCAUUAUUGCUUUCUCUGCAGCAUUAUGUGGGAAGGCAGCAGGAUUCACAGUUAUAUCAUAUUUGGAUGAAUUGCAUGCUUUAUUUCAGGUCAUUGCAGAUUUAUUUUCAGCAGUUUCAUAUGCUUUUGAUGGAUUUCACAUAAAUGGUCAUGUAUCCCUGCAAGGUUUUCUGAGGCAACAUACAUUGUUCUCAGAACCUGACAAUGAUGAGACUACUGCAGAAGGAGCACCUUUGAUUCUUAAAAGUACUAUAUGUUCAGUUAAUGGAACAUUUCUUUUCAAAUCAAUGGAUGUGAUUCUUCAGAGUUCUAGAACGAGUGGUAAGAAGGAGAGUUUAACUGAAGUAUAUGAUGGUCUGAGUCAUCAAAAUUUGCCUGGGCAAGAUUUGCAUGAUUGUGGAAUUUGGACUUCUAUUCAUCAUACUGAAGUACGCAUGUCUUAUGAAGAAGGGAAAGCAGAGAUUCAUUUUAAUUUGUUAGGCUUUCAGUCUGUAAUCUUCAGAUUUCAGGAUCUCAAGGGGAAAAGGUUCGAUCAACUUGCUGUUAGAAACUUGCUACGGGAUUCUCAUACUUGGUUAAGUGAACUUUCUCUUUCUAAUCUCACGUUGACUUUACAAAUAAGUUAUCCUCAUGAAAGAAUGAGUAACUCAUACAGUAGUUCUACUUCGAGCGAUAACAUAACAAGUAUACCAGAGAACUCCAAUUUGUCAACAGAUCCUGAAAUAUCAGAUCAGUCAUCUAUGGUUGAGAAUAUUGGAAUCUCAGCUCCAACCCCAAGUCACUGGAUUCUUGUCAGUGUUUCACUCGGUGGAAUAUUUGUUGCAAGGCGUUUAUUAAAGAAUAUUGUGGUUGGAGCUCAUCAACUUAGUGAGCUUUCAUCAUUGCUUUCAAUCGAGGGAAAUCUCAAGAAAAUCUCUUGGAAAAUACAGGGUGGUCAUCUAUUCCUUGAAAUCACAGCUCUGACAAUGCUUGUUCGAUGUUUUUCUUCAUAUAUGCAUCGUCUUUCAAAUCUUCUAUUCUUGAUGAAAUCAUCUGUUGAGCAAGUUGAAAAUGCUGAAUAUGAGGCUCAAGGAAUAGUACAUGUAACUGAGCAUCCAGGCUCGGAACUGCCUGAGAUGUCCAGCAUAGAUCUCUGCCAGUUUUCUCUUAUCCUCGCUGUUGAAGAUGAUACUGGUGGUUUUCAGGAACUUGCGAGUGAGCUUGACGCCUGCGUGGAAUUUGAAUCAACAAAUUUGCAAAACAAGUUUAUGUUUAAACUUUCUCGCAUGUCUAUCUUUUCUCAAUUCUUUCAAGAAUGUGCUGAAAAUCAAUUUCCUCAUUUUUCUUCGGGCAUGUCAAAAGAAUUAUCAUCCCAACAGACCCAAUCUUCAACUGGAGAUCCUUGUGUGCCUUUUCAGCAUAUGGAUGGAAGUCAUAUAAGCCAUCGGAACUAUAUUUUGAAUAAUCUAGUUGCUCUUAUAUCAGCUGAGAAGUCUAGGAUAUGUCCUCUUCCAUCGAAUCAGGUUUGGAGUGGGAAUGGUUCUGUCUCAGGUUUUCAUGUGACAGUUUCUCUAUCUGAAAUCCAGAUGCUUUUGUCUAUGGUUUCAUCAGUCUCUAGUGAACAUAAUGAAGAUACGACCGGUGAGCGAAGGAUCUGGAAAGGUGACCAGAGGAGUGGGACCAUUUCGAGAGAAGCGGAUAAAAGUUUGGCAGAUACAGUUCCAGAUGGAGCAAUUGUGGCAAUUCAAGAUGUGCAUCAACAUCUGUACUUCACAGUUGAAGGAGGAGAGAACAAAUAUAAUUUGGUGGGCAUGAUUCAUUAUUCUCUUGUUGGAGAAAAGGCGCUCUUUAGGGUCAAGCACCACAAACAAAAGAAAUGGAAUUCAUCCGUUGUGUGGUUCUCCUUGAUAUCUUUGCAUGCUAAAAAUGAUCGUGGCCAGCCAUUCAGAUUAAGCUAUCGUCCUGGAUCAGGUUUUGUUGACAUAUCUAGCGCGGGUGAUAGUGGGUGUUUUCUUUGGAAAAUAUUUUCUUGUGAGCCUGACAGCUAUGAGGGUGAUACCAACUGGGAGCCAUCUAAUAAUAUGGUUAAAAAUAAGUUUUACCUGGUUAAUAAGAAGAAUGACAGUGGCAUUGCUUUUGUUGAGGGGACUCCAGAAUUUGUCAGGAAGCCUGGAAAUCCUAUCAAGUUUAAAGUAUUCCCUGAACAUGUCGUGGGUUGCAAUGUUACAACUUCAGAUAGGUAUUACUUGGAAGCGUCUGGAGAAAAUCUGCUACCUAGUGCACAUGAAGAGGGAGUCCAAACAUCUAUUAAACUCCCUUGUAUUCAGAUUGAGAUAGACUAUUCAGAUCUGACCAUUGUUUAUGAACUUCCAGAUGCAAAAGACCGGUUUCCUCUGCUCCGUGCUUUCAUAAAUAACUCCCAAAUAAUUGUUCAAAAUCUCUCGUUUAAAACCAGAGUCAUGACCACGUCAUGUGCUUUUCUUCAUUACUUCGAUGCACAAAGAAAUUCAUGGAGGGAGCUUCUUAACCCUGUUGAAUUAUGUACUUUCUACCGUUCAAGUUCCCAAUUCCAAGGAUCGAGAUUUCAUCAGGAUCAAAUACCAGUUCAUUUGUAUUGCAGAACUAAGAAGUUGGAUAUAUCAUUAACUGAGCUUUCAUUGGAUAUACUACUCUUUGUGAUUGGGGAAUUGAAGCUGGCUGGUCCGUUUUCAGUAAAAAGCUCUGCAAUUUUGGCCAAUUGCUGCAAGGUGGAAAACCACUCAUGUCUAAAUCUUCUUUGCCAUUUCCACAAUAACAAAAGUGUCACUGUGGCCAGUAAACAGUCUGCUUCUGUAUUUUUAAGGCUGCCAGUAUCAGCAAGUGAACCUCCAGAAGGUGCAUCUUCUGUUGCGAUCCAACUUUCCAAUCUUGAAUCUUUCACGACUUCAGAACUUCAAUUUUGUCUUUCAAAAACUCAAACAAUUGCUUGGAGAACACGUAUAUUGUCCCUUUCAGAUUCAAGAAGUUACCCUGGUCCCUUUGUUGUGAUCGACAUCUGUAGAAAAACUAAGGAUGGUCUAUCCAUUGAGGUUUCUCCUUUGACCAGAAUCCAAAAUGGAACUGAUUUUCCGUUAGAGCUGCGAUUUCGACGACCUCAACAAAAUGCGGAUGUGUUUGCGUCAGUCUUGCUGAAGAAAGGGGAUUCCUUUGAUGAUUCCAUGGCAACUUUUGAUGCUAUAAAUUUAUCUGGUGGAUUAAAGAAAGCAUUGAUGUCUUUCAGUGUUGGGAACUUCUUAUUUUCUUUCAGACCUGAAAUUGCAGAUGGCCUGUUAAGUUCUAAGAGUGUACUUUCAGUAGAAUGGACGGAUGAGCUUAAAGGUGGAAAGGCUGUUCGGCUUUCUGGAAUUUUUGAUAGGCUGGGUUAUAAAGUUCGAAGGGCUUUAUCCGUUAAAUCAGAAAAAUGUUCUUUUAGCACCGCAUGCUGUACCCUCAGGUCUGAAGAUACUCAUGUCACUAACCUGCAUUUUCUGAUUCAGAGCUUGGGAAGAGAUGUUCCUAUGGUACAUCCUGAUAAGUCUAGUGAUGGUUCUGAAAGUAAAAAUUCACCAAUCGCAUUACAAGAUCAAAAGGAAAUUUUUCUUCUUCCUACUGUAAGAGUGUCUAAUUUAUUGCACUCCGAGAUUCAUGUGCUUUUAACUGAAACAGAUCGACAUACCACCAAUGAUUAUGAAAAUAUUGGGAAGCAAGCAACUAUAGCAUGCGGAUCAACAGCUGAUUUUUAUGCUAACCCAGCUGUAAUAUAUUUUACUGUUAGUUUAACAGCUUUUAGAUCAAGCUGUAAACCAGUGAAUAGUGGUGAUUGGAUCAAGAAGUUACUUAAGAAAAAAAAUGAUGUCAAUUAUUUAGAUAUUGAUCUAGAAUUCUGUGGUGGAAAGUAUUUUGCAUCACUGAGAUUGUCACGUGGAUUCCGUGGCAUAUUAGAGGCUGCCAUUUUUACACCAUUUUCUUUGAGGAAUAACACCGACUUUUCUCUAUUUUUCCUUGCUUCUAAUCAGAAGCUUCUAUCUAGGGAUGAAGUCGGAAAAUAUGGUCCCAGUAUUCCUCCAGAGUUAGGGUUAUAUUCCCCCCCAAAAUCGACAAAUUCAUGGUUUUAUAAAUCUCACAAGAUGCGGAUCACUAUGGUAGAGAAUCAGACAUCUGAGGUGCUGUUAGACUUGGAUGCUUUAUCAGGCCUUGCUGAGAUAAGCUUAGAGAUAGAAGAAGGAUCUGGACCUAAAUAUAGCACAAAGUUUGGGGUUUCUAUGGGACCAUCAUCGAGCAUGGUGAUGGUCCCCUCUCAAACUGUAACUAUGACCCCCCGGCAUGUUGUGUUCAAUGAGUCGGAGGAAAGCAUCAAUAUGCGUCAAUGUUACUUGGAGGAUGGAAUGACGGGCAUGAUUCAAAUUAACAGUAAAGAACAAACAGCACUACGACUGCUGGAAGGAAAUUCCACGAUCAAGGAAUUUAGUUUUUUUGAAAACAUCAUCAGAAAGCAUAGAAAUGAUACAGAUACUUCAUCAGUGUAUAUCCAGUUUCAAUUAAAUCAACCUGAAUCAACCUGGUCGGGGCCAGUAUCCAUUGCUUCACUGGGAUGUUUUUUCGUGAAAUUCAGGAAACAAUCAAAUCAAGCACUGAAUGAGAAUGCAACAGAAUUUGCUGCUGUCCAUGUGAUAGAAGAAGGAUCCACUCUUGGGAUGCACUUCCAUAAACCAUCAAAUAUUGAACUACCAUAUCAAAUUGAAAACCAUUUGAAUGAUGCAUCUUUCACUUAUUAUCAAAAGGAUUCAUCGGAGCGAGAGGUUCUUGGAUCUGAUUCUAGUUCUUUCUAUGUCUGGACUGAUUUGACACUUCCACAUAAACUGGUUGUUGUACUAAAUGAUUUGCACCUACUACGUGAAAUUAACUUGGAUAAGAUAAGGCCUUGGAAACCUUUUCUUAAAGGAAAACACCGUGGUGGACUGACAUCUCAUUCCCUUUUCAAUCAAAUUUCCGGAAACCAGAAAAAAGAUUCUGGUCAGUUAAACAGUAUGAACAUUGCAAAGGUCGGGUAUGAAAUAUAUGCACAGGGUCCCACUAGAGUUUUACGUAUUUGUGAGCUUUCUAGGAGUCAAAAGGGGCACAAAUUGAUUCAGUCACGUGCAAAGAUGCAAUUAAGAGUACUUCAUUUUGCAAUCCACUUACUUGAAGAUGGAAAGCAGGACUUAGAAAAGAAUGAGGAAGCAUGCUAUACACCUCUUAUAGUUGCAAGGUUCGGUAACAUUGAUCUGGAUUCGGUAUACACUGAUCGGCAGAAAUAUAAUCAGAUUACAGUGCAGUCAUUAAAUGUCGACGAGAAGUGGGUUGGUGCUCCUUUUGCAGCUAUGCUUCGAAGGCAUCAAUUGGAAUCCAGCAACGCGAAUGCUUAUGUGCUCAAAUUUAUAUUCGUCCUUCUUUCAAGUAGCUCCAGUGUUAGACAAGUUGAAUACUCAUCGGUUGUUCUGCAGCCUAUCGAUUUGAACCUUGAUGAGGAGACUUUGAUAAGACUUGCCUCCUUUUGGCGAACUUCUCUCAGCAAGUCAACUGCUCCAAGUCAACGGUAUUAUUUUGAUCAUUUUGAGGCCCAUCCAAUAAAGAUUAUUGCUAACUUUCUUCCUGGAGAUUCAUAUUCAAGUUAUGACUCAGCUCAAGAGACCCUAAGGUCAUUAUUGCAUAGUGUGGUAAAGGUUCCCCCAAUAAAAAAUAUGGUUGUAGAGCUCAAUGGGGUUCUGGUUACUCAUGCUUUGAUAACCAUCCGUGAAUUAUUCUUCAGAUGUGCACAACAUUAUUCCUGGUAUGCAAUGAGGGCCAUCUAUAUUGCAAAAGGAAGUCUCUUGCUUCCUCCAUCUUUUGUGUCCAUGUUUGAUGAUUUGGCUUCAUCUUCUUUAGAUGUCUACUUUGAUCCUUCUCGUGGAUUGAUUAAUCUUCCCGGCUUCACAUUAGGUACUUUCAAAUUACUGAGUAGAUGUAUUGAUGGUAAAGGGUUCUCAGGGACAAAACGCUACUUUGGUGAUCUAGAAAAAACUCUGAAAACAGUAGGGUCAAAUAUGCUGUUCGCUGCUGUCACUGAAAUAUCAGACUCUAUUCUGAAGGGAGCAGAAACAAGUGGUUUUGAUGGCUUGCUAAGUGGCUUCAAUCAAGGAAUAAUGAAAUUGGCUAUGGAGCCAUCGCUGCUGGGAUCUGCUCUGAUGGAAGGGGGCCCGGACAGAAAGAUUAAGCUUGACAGAAGUCCUGGCAUUGAUGAGUUAUAUAUUGAAGGUUACCUGCAAGCUAUGCUGGAUACAAUGUAUAGACAGGAGUAUCUAAGAGUCAGGGUCAUAGACGAUCAGGUAUUACUCAAAAACCUACCACCCAGUAGCACCCUCAUAGAUGAGAUCACAGAUCACGUGAAGGGAUUCCUUGUAAGCAGGGCAUUGUUAAAAGGAGAUCCUUCAGCAUCUUCUCGUCAUUUACGCCAUCUUCGAGGAGAAACUGAAUGGAAAAUUGUACCAACUGUGAUCACAUUGUGCGAGCACCUCUUUGUAAGUUUUGCUAUCCGCACUUUGAGGAAGCAAAGUGGGAAGUUAAUGACCAAUAUCAAGUGGAGAAAAGAAUCGACGAUUGAUGAUGGUAAGGCAAUAGUCCCUGCAGACACGGAUGAACAUGACCAUAAGGUGAAGGUCGUAUGGAAAUGGGGAAUUGGUAAGUUUAUAUUCUCAGCCAUUCUAGCUUACAUUGACGGUCGGCUUUGCCGUGGCAUUCCCAAUCCUGUAGCAAGACGAAUUGUUAGUGGCUAUUUGUUAAGUUUUCUUGAUAAAAAUGACACCUGAAAGUAAAAGAAAUGAUAAUGGUAGGGUUGCAUUUCUGUACAGUUCGUUAUUGUUAUUUGUCCCCCUUCUUCUGAUUUGUUUUAAUUUUCCAUCUGCCUGUAAAAUUUGGAAUUCAGAUGAAGAAUUCAGGAAUCAAUAGGCAUAUGAUUGGUUUAGCAUUUGUCA